AUGGUCCAACUACAAAACCUUUUCUUUUUCAUUACUUCCAUGGUCGUGCCUCGUGGCACGGCAGCACCCGUACUAUUGAAAUGGUUCGUCAGUAGAGAUGUUCCCACAGGUGCCCCUUCUUCUAAUGAAUCUUUCUGCGGUGUGCUCCGUUUACUAUUCUUUCGUACUUUCUUCUCUUUACCACGCGAUAGGUCAGCGAAGCGUGAGCGGGCGCGGAGAAGGAAAGGCCAAAGACUUCAGCCUAACGGGAAUGAGCAAGGACGAAAUGACAAGAUGAGGCGCCCUGGGCACCCCCAUUUAGAAAGAAGGGCCGAAGUUUUUGGGCCUGUAGCUUUACCCGUCCCCCCUGAGUCGGGCGGUGCUUGUGUGGGGGGUGUGCCACCAGAAAUCGGGCUUGAAGCUCUCACCUUACCAACGAGCCGACAGCUGAUGGCUGUUGGUCACGACUACUACAAAAAAAGCCCCAAUGAAGAUGAAUAUUUCACAUGGAGGAGUGUGCAUCUUUAUGUUGGGUGUUCUUCUGUCGUGCGACCCGGCGGCUUAUGUGCGACCUGUGGCCCACGCCUCCUAUUUGUUCAGGGCGGGCGGCGUGAACUCUGA